AUGGAGCAGUUCGACGCAAAAGCAAACUUCAUUGAACAUGCGGUUGAAUGUCUGCUUGGCAUCCUCUUCCCCGACCCGCCCGAUGCGGUUCUCAACGCGAUCUGGAAGGCAAUGAUGAUCUCGUGUCUCACUGUCUCCAAGCUACAUUACGCUUACGAAAUAAUAAGUUUCCGAAGACUACACAUAUACUGUGCUGGCAUCGUGAUCUUACCUGCAUUCUGGGUCAGCGGCUGUAUUGCCGGAAAACGAUAUUCUGCGGCAUGGGCCUUUCCCGGCUGCACUUCCCUCAUUUGCUUGACAAUGGCAGUUGCGGCGUUGCUGAGUAUUGUACUGGCUAUGGUUUCGCUCGUGCCGCUUCAGUAUCAUUUUACUAUGCAGUAUUUCAUCCUCUUCCUCAUCAUCGCGCCUAUGGCGGGGUUUAAGUGGUACGUUUCCUGGGUGGACGAAAAGGAGAGCGCCAAACGUCGAGUCGACAUUGUGCUAGGAAUGUACAAUCCAGGCAACGUCGCUCGCCAGAAAAAAAGGUUUCAGGCUGAAGCACACGUGCCCAAGCCGACGAGUAUAUGCAGCGAGCUGAAGGGCAAUAAUAUCGAAUAA